AUGGCAGACAAAAUCAAACAAAAAUCCAAAAAAAAAAGAGACCUUGCAAGGUCGGGCCUUCAUGACGACGUAGUUGUUUUACGAAUGGAAACCCAUGGUGAAAAUAGAGGUCACAUCGCCACCAACAUCAGACUCAUCAUCGCUUUACAUCGACCUCCGAAAAAAUUAACUUCGACAGCCGUAAGAAAACACAGUCUUCCCAGCAUGCCUGAUUCCGAUGCUGAAGCUUUUGCCCGAUCCCAAUUCCAGAUGCCGAAGCUUUCAAAAUCAAACAACGAAAAAUUAGAGUGGAUCCAGACCUUCGAAGCCAGAUCGCAACCCAGCCAGAUUCUUGCUUAUCAUUAUUGCCCGCUUGUUCAGUCUACUCUCGACGAAGAUGAAGAGGAAUAUCAGGCCCUCUUCCGUAUCUUCAUGGGGCCCAUCAAGACCUCCAGUAUCGGCCCAAUGUGGGUUUCACAGUAUCUUACAGAUCUGUCAUGCGUUCGUCACAACGGCAUGGUGGAUUUCUGGCGGUGGCACGUUGAAAUUACGACGGCGGCUAGAGUUCUGCUCGUUUAG